AUGGCACUAGUCAACGGAUGGCUUCCACCUACUCGCAACAACUUUGAGUUCAUCAUGUUGUGCUGGAAUUUUUAUCCGCUGAUGGGCUCUUUGCAAUGGCUUACCUCAUGGUAUAGCAUGGGCAAGACUUCUACAAAGUCAGUGUUCAAUAUACCCGGACGUGUAGCCUGGUUCACCAUGGAAAUUCCAUCGAUUUUGACCAUUGUGUAUACCAUGAAUCAACUUGCGGGCAAAGAUGGCAUUGCCAACCUACCAUGGCAGAACAAGAUCCUCGCUAGCAUGUAUAUCCUUCACUAUGUGUAUCGAGCCGUCUUGUUCCCAUUUAUUCAGCCGUCCAUGUCGCCAAUUCAUGUUGUGGUAUGGGCAUCCGCCAUCACUUUUCAGAUCACAAACGCAACCUGUAUUGGUUCGUGGCUCGCUGCAUACGGUCCCACGACACAAGCAGAAUGGCAUGCGCAGGGCUUCUCCAUGUUGCGAUUCGGCAUUGGCUUGGUUACUUUUGGUAUUGGCCUGUCGAGUAACUACCUUUGCGACGAGGAACUCCGCGAAAUUCGACGCAAAGAGCAAAGACGUCAGGCCAAGCUAGCGGACCAGGGAAAGAAGGGCGUCGAGAAGCAUUACUCUGUCCCGAACAAUGGGCUGUUCAAGUAUAUGCUCUAUCCACACUACUUUAUGGAAUGGAUCGAGUGGCUAGGUUUCUGGAUUGCGGGAGGCUGGUCUUGUGCUCCGGCACGGGCAUUCUUGCUGGCCGAGUUCUUUGCCAUGCUCCCUCGCGCGGUGUCUGGGAAGAAGUGGUAUCAAGAAAAGUUUGGGGAGGAAAAGAUCAAGGGGAAAUAUGCCGUCAUUCCAGGUAUCUGGUAG